AUGGAAAUGGAUUCCACUCCCUCGAACGGAAACAACACUGCCACCGGAACUCAAAUCGAAGCCACCGCCGCCGUCAACCCUACGCCUGCUCCCUCCUCCAACCUCCCCCGACUCACGGAGUCUCUCAAGCUCGAGCAUCAGUUCCUCAGAGUCCCUUUCGAGCACUUCAAGAAAACCCUCCGAACCAACAACCGCGUCGUCGAGAAGGAGAUGUCCGCCGUUAUCUCCAGCGUCAACGAUGCCGCCUCUAACGACCUGUCCUCCGCCGACGCCGUCAAUCACCUUAGCUCUCUCGUCUCCCGCCUCCAAGGACUCAAACGAAAAUUGGAAGAAGGAAAUCGAGCUGAGCAUUUGCAAGCGCAGAAGUGUCGUGCACGUCUCGAACAUUUGGAAUCUGCAGAUGCAGAAAAAAUGUCAGAAUGGAAUAACACUCGCUUGAAGCGGAUUCUUGUUGAUUACAUGUUGAGAAUGUCAUAUUACGAUACUGCAGAGAGACUGGCUGAAUGCAGCAACUUGCAGGAGCUAGUUGAUAUUGAUGUGUUCCAAGAAGCAAAAAAGGUUAUUGAUGCUUUGCAAAGUAAGGAUGCUGCACCUGCCCUAGCAUGGUGUGCUGAAAACAAAUCAAGACUGAAGAAAUCUAAGAGCAAAUUGGAGUUCCAGUUGAGACUUCAAGAGUUCAUAGAAAUGGUAAGAGCUGAAAACAAUUUAAGAGCCAUCGCAUAUGCUAAGAAGUAUCUUGCACCAUGGGGAGCCACCCACAUGAAAGAACUGCAGCGGGUCCUUGCAACACUAGCUUUUAAAAGAGAUACCGGAUGUGCCACAUAUAAGGUCUUGUUUGAAGCUAAGCAAUGGGAUUAUCUAGUAGACCAAUUCAAACAGGAGUUCUGCAAGUUAUAUGGCAUGACUUUAGAGCCGUUGCUCAAUAUCUACCUGCAAGCUGGCCUUUCGGCUCUCAAAACUCCAUAUUGUUACGAGGAUGAUUGCACAAAAGAAGACCCUCUAUCACAGGAAGCUUUUCGCAAACUAGCCUUGCCAUUACCAUUUUCUAAGCAGCAUCACUCAAAACUUGUUUGCUACAUAACAAAGGAGCUAAUGGACACGGAGAACCCACCACAAGUCCUGCCCAAUGGAUAUGUUUAUAGCACCAAGGCUCUUGAAGAGAUGGCUAAGAAGAAUAACGGUACUAUCAUCUGCCCAAGGUCAGGUUUAAUUUGCAGUUACACAGAACUGGUCAAGGCAUUUAUUUCGUAA